AUGGAAUCAAAACCACGUACGAAUAUGUCGAAAAUUAGCGAGAACGGUGCCACGGCGUCACAAUAUGCCGUCCUAACAAUGAGUCUGAUCAGUCACGUAGAAGUAGAAGUUCCGUUGGAAGAAAGUGCAGCGAAAGAUUCAAUGAACGAGCCCUCGCAAAAACAAGCGCUCCAUGAAGCAGAAAUAACCGAAUUACAUAAUUACGCAAAUGAAUUGGAUGAAGAAAUGAAAAGAUGGAAAGAACUCCUGGAUGAGGAAGAGCAUUGUGUGAGCGAGGCAAAGAGGUUGAUUUUGUUUCUGAUUCUGUGGUGUUAA